AUGGCGAAGGAAGGGAUCAAUGGCGUCUUCGGAAAGCCCAGGCCUCUGCGGGGCAAAGUGGGGAAGACGUCCGACCGCCUGGAGGAAGAUGCACAGGCUAUGGAGGCGAGGCUGCUGCAACUGCGAGUGAGCAUGAUGGAGGAGAAGCAGAAGCGGGAUGCGGAGCUCCCCCUCAAGCACGCAGGCAACCGGUGGCGAAGUGCUCGCGAAGACCGGGGAAGUGUGAGGCAAUACGCCAAAGACGUCCAGCAGAAGAAGACUUCAUCACGACCCAAGGUCGCGAUACUUUCGCCCGCUACGGUGGAGCAGUGGACAGUUCCUCAAGUUCUGGAGUGGCUGGCGGUGAUCGGCCUCGAGGAGUUCCAGAGUGGUUUUGAGUUCCACCAAGUCACGGGCAAGACGCUGCUCGGUUUGACCCCAGAAGGGUACGAGAAGCUCGGCGUGUUCAAGCUGUCGGCUCGCAAUCGCCUGCUCGCUGAGAUGGAAGAGAUCCGCAAGACGCGCAGCGGAAGCCAAAGUGGCGGCGGCACAGAGGCAGCGGAAAUCAUCGACCCCAAGCUCCGCGACACUCCACUUGUGCCCGAAAUGCCGUCACCACCGAGUAAACUCGCGGCAAAAACUCAUUGGUCUCACGUUGCCCCGCUCUCGGAGAAUGGUGUUGCCAGUGGCGAUGGCCAGGUGCCUGUUAAUCUGGCCGAUGGCGAGUUCAAUGAGGAAGAAAGCCACGCUUCGUUCAUGAAGGCCCUACUGGAGUGGAGGGAGAGCGACUCAACUCACCCUGCUGCCACAUCAAACCAAGAAGAAGAGGAGUGGGUGAACCCCGUAUUCAACGCUAGCAAUACUGACGGCCGCGACAACCAAAAGAGCGGUGGAGCUCUGUUGGAAGGCACGUACGACGAACAGGAGGCGCACAAUUCCUUCCAAGAGGCCUUGCUGGCUGGGUGCGCGCCGGGGGAGCGAAAGAGCUGCUGGCAGUGCUAUCGUGUUGUGCAAGUGGACGCGUUGGUGCAUGACGAUCAAACUAGCAAGGAAUUUUGCGGCUCUGCGUGCCAAGAGGCCUAUCGAGAGCAGUACGCUCGCUUCUAUACAUCGCCAUCAUGA